AUGCCGAGGGAGGAGUUUCAGCAGAGUUCGUAUCAGCUCGACGCCGGGUCCUUGGGAUAUCUCGAAGGGCUCACGCUCACUUCUACCUCGUCUCCUCGUUCCUAUCAUUACUUUGGGGGCGUACCGUACGCUCUGCCGCCCGUAGGACCAUAUCGCUUUCGGCAAGCGAGAGCUCUACCCAGCCUCUAUCGCUAUGGCAGUAAGGCCAAUCCGGGUCGAUACACUGCGCGUGCCUCGGUAUGCCCUCAGCCGGGUUUCCGUACGGAACCGGAUGAAUCUCUGUGGGAUGAGGAUUGCCUGCAGUUGAACAUCUACAUACCAGGUGGCACAGCUCCAGUAGGAGGAUGGCCGGUGUUUGUUUAUAUCCAUGGUCAGACCCGAGAUAUUGCCCAUUGAAGCGAUUGCUGAUUCUCCUAUCACCAGGCGGCUUCCUACAAUGGGGCUCUCCCAACUUCGAGGUAACGAGCUUAAGUGACUUCAUGACCAACAGUGCCUUCAAAGCCAUCAUGGUCACACCAGCAUACCGUGUGAAUGCCCUCGGAUAUCUAGCCUCUAGGGAAUUGCAAGCGGAGGCUUUGCUACGCGGAGAGCCAACUGGCAACCAAGGAUUCUGGGACCAACGUCUUGCGCUAGAGUGGACCGGCGAAAACAUUGGAGCUUUCGGUGGCGACAGCAAGAACAUCACGAUAGGAGGCUACUCAGCUGGAUCCCACAGCGUGUUUCAGCAGCUCGCUCACGAGCUAUAUUUCGUACCCGCCGAGAAGGCUUUAAUCAAGCGAGCUAUAAUGUGGUCCAACAGCCCUGGUGUCCAACCGAAAACCAUCAACGAACAACAGAAGCAAUUUGACGAGCUUCUAAGUGCCUCAAACAUCCCUCUGAUGGCCUCGGCGGGCGAGAAGCUCGAGAAGCUACGAGCAGUGUCGCCUCGAGAUCUGGUAGCAGCACAGAGCAAGAUGAAAGUUCACGAGUUCAGAGCUUUCUCCGACGGCAUCUUUGUCGACAAGGACAUCAUCGGCAAGAUUAACAGCGGAGACUUCGCAAGACGCAUGAAAUCUCGUGGUAUUAAGCUGAUGAACGGGGAAUGCAGAGACGAACACAACCUGUAUCAAGCCUGGCGGACACCUUCGCCGUCGUACGAGGCGGUAUAUACUCGUCUGUGUGCAGACUACCCGGAAACUGCAGUCCAGAAGCUCAUGUAUCUGCGAUGCGGCGAGAAACGUCACCUACCAAAGGGCUGUCAGGACUGGCAGGAUGCAUUUGGACGACUGUACGCAGACAUGCAAGUCCACGGGCUGGAACGGGGCUUUCACCGAGCACUUGCCAACGGCGGACUGGAACCCGGCAAAGAUCUCCUCCGCUAUCGCUUCAACUGGAGAACUGAGGGCUCGAAAUUGUUCCUCCCACCUGAAUGGGGCGUCACACACGCCACGGAUCACGAUAUCUGGUGGUACGGCAUCCACGGCGAUGGGUUGACAGACGAAGAGAAGACGAUUCUGAGGCCGUGGAACGAGAAAUUCGCGGCUUUUGUUCAUGGACAGGAUCCGCGAUGGGGGACUACGGAUGUGCGGGAGAUGCUGAGAUUGAGAGAGGAUGGAACGACGGACAUCUGGACUGAUGAUCGCUUUGACGAGGGCCUCGAGGUCUGGGAUACAGUCAAUAGCCAGACCGCUAGCGUUCUGGGUUGGAUCAGAUCAAUGCUGUAG